UUCCUUUCCCCCGAAGCACACAGCAAGACGGAACCGGUCUGGUCCGGUACUCCGGUUCAAAUUGACGGCGGCGGACAACUCACAUGUACUUCGUCUUCUACGUAUAUAGGGAGCUCCUCUUCGCCAGUCCCUUCCAAACCCUGCUUACAAGCCCUACCCUCUCCCCUCUCCCUCUCUCCCUCUCUGAACGAGGAGUUGAUGAUGUCGCAGGAAAAAGGCUGCCCUUUGCCAAAGUUUGGUGAGUGGGACGUCAAUGACCCUGCCUCAGCUGAAGGUUUCACCGUGAUCUUCAACAAAGCCCGCGACGAGAAGAAAAUGGGUGGCAACAUACGCGAAACCGACUCUCCUGGAAAGGAGGAAGAAGCUCUAAAACCAGGAAUUUCUGCUUCCAAACCUCCUAAGAAAUGGUUCUGUUGCAUGCAUACAUCAGCCCAAUAGGAGAUAUGGGUGCUGAUGAUCUCAAAGUUUACAGAUUGGCUUGCCACAUUUUCAGAUGACAGGAAGAGUUAGCCAUUGUACCCGAGUGCACAUGAACGGAGGAAAGCUUGAGACGAUGAAGAAAGAUCGGUGUUAUGGUUUCUUUUUGAUGUGUAGGAACAUUUACUAAAACUCGUUAGUAAUUGUAUUUGUUUUUGGUUUCAGUAAGAUUAUACAUUUCAUGGGCUCU